UACUUCCCUCUCAUGGUGUCUGUCAAUCAUACGCAACCUCCAUCACGACAACGUUAAGUCAACACCAACACCAACACUAACAUUCCACAUUUCGGACCAGCCAUGGACGCACUUAACCUCUACAUUCUCACCUUCAACUGCGCUCGAAAUCUCGUGGACGUCGAUCGAUUCUCCCACCACUUCUUCGACUCCCUUCCGCUCACCGACAAUCUCAACGCCUCCUCCUCAUCUGUCCCUCCCCCCGACCUUAUCGUACUCUCGCUACAAGAGAUCGCGCCGAUCGCGUACGCCUUCCUCGGGGGUUCAUUCCUGACACCGUACUUCGACACGCUGAGCCAGGUUGUGAAUCGCGCGGUCGCGCAGCGCUGGGAUGAUGUGCAUUACGUCAAUAUCGUGACGGACAACUCCGGGAUGACGGGAUUGAUGGUGUUUGCCCGGUCCGACGUAGCAGAGCAAAUAGCCUGGCUCGAGACGGCCCGGAUAGGCUUUGGGUUCCAGGAGAUGGGCAACAAGGGUGCCGUGGGGGCGCGACUCGGAUACCUGCCACCACCAUCAUCAUCAUCAUCAUCCCGGCGGGACGGGGAAGGAGGAGCUGAAGAAACACAACAACCCGUAGAGCUGACAUUCGUGGCAGCGCAUCUCGCGCCAAUGGAAUGGGCGGUUGAGCGCAGGAAUGCGGAUUGGCGCAGUCUGGUCGAACGGCUGGUCUUUGAACGUCAGGAUAGUCGUGCCGCCGUCGCGGGUCGGGAACCUGUCGAGACCGAAGAAAACGCAUCGGAAAGCGCACCCCUGCUCCAAGAGCGCUCUGCAGAAGUGGCUUCGCCGGUCGGGCAACAACAGCAGCAGCAGCAGCACGAUCGCCGGGGCAUCUACGUCCCUACGAGUUACCUCUUUCUGGCAGGAGACCUCAAUUACCGGACGGCCGACCGACCGCCGAAACCGGGCGAUCGGACGAGCAGAUUCCCCCGGGUGGAUGUAGAGACGUCGGACCCGCGCCAUUACUCGCAUCUGCUCCAGGAGGAUCAGCUGAGUCGGGAGAGGGCCCAGUCGCGGUGCUUUCAGGGACUGUCGGAGGCGCCGAUCAGCUUUCCUCCGACGUACAAGUACAGCCUGGCGGCACGCCACGCCGUGAGUAAAGCGGUGGGCGGUGAUCACGCAUUGUCGCAGGAUUGGCAGUGGACGGGGACCCGCUGGCCCAGCUGGUGUGACCGUGUGCUGUACCUGGACCAGGCUGGACAGCCCGUCCGGCCGUUGCGCUACGAUGCGCUGCCGUUGUUUCCAACCUCUGACCAUCGUGCCGUCGCGCUCGCGGUCUCCGUCCCGACCCGGCCAAUGCGACCAGCAGAUGCGCUGGCCCAACGGCCGGCGGCCCCGUUCCCGAUCGACCCAGACUGGGCGCGUAGACGAGAUGCGGCGCGGCGGAAGGAGCUGGUGGUGGGCUGUGUCGCGUAUCUCGGGCUGACCUGGGAGGGCAACGGGGUGUUGGUGGCCACGGUGGUUGGGCUUCUGGGUGCAUGGCUCGUGCUUCGCUCCCUGUUGAACGCCUGACGAGGCGUCGCGUUGCAGCCUUAGUGUCAGAAGAGAAAAUCUGCGACUCGAAACCUCCCCUUAUUUUUCCCCUCCAACGCGGAGCCCUGCCCCAUGUCGAUCGGAGGGGAGAGAAGGGGGGGGGGGGAGAUUGAUCUUCGAUCCAGCGAGAUGAAUAAUUGCCGACACGAACGGGUUUGAACGGUGGAAAACGUGAUUUGAAUCUGAGUCGUUCACCUCAAAAUAAACACCCCCCCCUGCGACCGUUCGUUACGGGUUUCACGCUCAAACAGUGGACUCCGCGUCCGGCGAAUUCGGCGACCUAUUUUUUUCUUUUUUGGCACAAGAGUCUCAGCUAGUUCAACUCUGCCCGCCCCAACACGAGACAGACAGACAAGUAAAACACAAUCAGUCUAGUCUAGUUCCUCCCUCCUCUUCCUCC